AUGGCUUCGCAAGGGACAGGAUACGACCUGUCAUCGUCGACCUACUCGCCUGACGGCCGCAUCUUCCAGAUCGAAUACGCUCAAAAGGCCACCGAGAACGCCGGGACAGUCAUUGGGCUCAAGUGCAGCGAUGGUAUCCUCCUCGCUGUAGAGAAGCUGGUGCAGACCAAGCUCCUUGUGCCAGGCAGCAACAAGCGAAUCUUCACAAUUGACCACCAUGCUGGCGUUGCGAGCGCGGGUCUUAUUGCCGAUGGAAAGCACCUCGCGGGUCGAGCAAGGAGCGAGGCUCUCAACUUCCGCGACACCUACAGGUAUCCAACUCCAAUCAAGGCCCUCUCGGAUCGGUUGGCCCUCUACGUGCAGGCAUACACACUCUAUUCGUCCGUUCGACCAUUUGGCAUUGCGUCAAUCAUCGGCGGUGUUGAUGCAGAUGGGCCACAGCUCUAUAUGCUCGAGCCAAGCGGGGUCUAUUGGGGCUACAAUGGAUGCGCAAUUGGCAAGGGCCGACAGUUGGCAAAGACGGAGAUCGAGAAAUUGAGUUUGGGGAAGGAUGGCAUGAAGGUGGCCGAUGCUGUUCAACAUGCUGCCAACAUCAUCUACAAAUGCCACGACGAUGCCAAGGACAAGGACUUCGAGCUCGAGAUCUCUUGGAUCUGCCCAGAAUCUGGCGGAAAACAUCAAACAGUACCGGCUGAGAUUGUUGCAGAGGCCGGCCGGAAGGCAAAGGAGGCGCUCGAUGACGAGAUGGAAGAUUGA